AUGGGAGAAUUUACGCCUACCCUUGAAGAUGUGGCGAAUAUCUCCCGCUUUCCAAUUUGCGGCGACCAGAGUCCUUUCGACAUUGCCCUCACCCCGGAAGAGGUAGACAAGCUUGCAAUUUUGCGGAGAGGUGCUCCUACUUCUCCCAACACCUCUCUUCGGUUCAGUAACUGGAUACAGUAUUUUGGUGAUGCAAACAGACAAGGACCUUGCUGGUUGGCUACAUUUAUAGCUUUGUGGCUUGGGCAGUUCGUACUUUGUGAUUUUUUGCAGGAUUGCUUGCAUGAGUGUGUAUUCCCCUUGGCUUUGGCCAUAGCUCGAGGCGAUACCAUCCCCCUAGCCCCCAUGUUCUUGGGGCAUCUAUAUCGGCUGCUUAAUCAGGCUCAGCUUUUAGAGAAGAGUGCAUCCGGAACUAUGGGCGUGGAGACCCUCUUGAAUUCUGGUUUCCUGCAGGUAUUUUAUGGGAGCGUUUUAGAGGAUUGGAGGUACACUCACUCCCUCACUCGCAUGCUAUGA